AUGGGGGAGGAGGAGGGGCAGAGAAGCAAUGGCGGCGACGGGGGCGGGAGGAAGGGCAGGACCAACAAGUACGCGGUGGCCUGCUCCAUCAUCGGCUCCAUCAUCUCCAUCCUCAUGGGCUACGACAGCGGCGUGAUGAGCGGCGCGAUGCUGUUCAUCAAGGAGGACCUCAAGACCAACGACACGCAGCUGCAGGUGCUGGCCGGCAUCCUCAACGUCUGCGCGCUCGUGGGAUCCCUCACCGCCGGCCGCGUCUCCGACUGGGUCGGCCGGCGCCUCACCAUCUCGCUCGCCGCCUGCAUCUUCCUCGCGGGCUCCGUCCUCAUGGGCCUCGCGCCCAACUUCGCCACGCUCCUGGUCGGCCGCUGCGUCGCCGGCGUCGGCGUCGGCUACGCACUCAUGAUCGCGCCCGUGUACGCCGUGGAGAUCGCGUCGGCGGAGAUCCGCGGCUCGCUCACCUCGCUCCCCGAGAUCUGCAUCAGCUUCGGCAUCCUCAUAGGCUACGUGGCCAAUUACUUCCUCGCCAAGCUCCCGCUGGUCUACGGCUGGCGCACCAUGCUGGGGCUCGGCGCGCUCCCGAGUGCCGUGCUCGCCGUUGGUGUACUGGCCAUGCCGGAGUCUCCCCGCUGGCUCGUCAUGCAGGGCCGGGCCGAGGAGGCGCUCGUUGUUCUCCGGAAAGUCUGCAACACGGCGGAGGAGGCCGACGUGCGGCUCGCGGACAUCAAGAGCGCCGCCGGGUUCGUCGAGGGCGAGGCCGCGCCCGCGCCUCCCAGCGGCGGCGGCAAGGGCGUGAUGAAGGAGAUGUUCCUGCACCCGACGCCGGCCGUCCGUCGCAUCCUCGUGGCCGCCCUAGGCGUGCACUUCUUCCAGCAUCUGACGGGCAUCGAGGCGGUGGUGCUGUACAGCCCGCGGAUCUUCAAGGCGGCCGGCAUCGCCACCCGCAACCAGAUCCUCGCGGCCACCAUCGGCGUGGGCGUGACCAAGACGGUGUUCAUCAUGGUGGCGAUCCUGCUCGUGGACCGCGUCGGCCGGCGGCCGCUCUAUCUGUCCAGCCUCGCCGGCAUCAUCGCGUCGAUGGCCUGCCUCGGGCUGGGCCUCACCGUGAUCGAGCGGUCGGCGCCGCACCACGGCGCGCCGUGGGCGGUGGCGCUGGCCAUCGCCGCGGUGUUCACCUUCGUGGCGGCCUUCUCCGUCGGCGUGGGGCCCAUCACCUGGGCCUACAGCUCGGAGGUGUACCCGCUGCGGCUGCGCGCGCAGGGCGCCAGCGUCGGCGUGGCCAUCAACCGCAUAAUGAACGCCGGCGUCUCCAUGACCUUCGUCACGCUGUACAAGGCGAUCACCAUCGGCGGCGCCUUCUUCCUCUUCGCGGGCCUGGCGGUGGUGGCCGCCGCCUUCUUCUACUUCUUCUGCCCGGAGACGCAGGGCAGGGCGCUGGAGGAGAUCGAGGAGGUGUUCAGCCGCGGCUGGCGCGCGCGGCAGAGGCAGCAGGCGCCGUCGCCGUCGUCGGUGGAGCUGCCGCCGGUGCCUGACAGCAAGGCGCGCCCGUGA